CGUGGAGAGGCGGGAAGAGCACCAACCGGGUAGCCGGCCCUGCGGGAGAGCAGCGGGGAGCAGCGCAGGGAUUCUGAACUUUUCGGAGCUCAAGUUCCUCGCUUCAAAGUGGAAGGACUUGCAGGAGAAGAAGAGCCCGCACCGGCCACCUUGGGGGUUCACGCUUUUAAGCAGGAAGCGCGCGCAGCACACAGUCCCUUUAAGGCGUUGGGCCUGCCCGAGGCAUUCUGCUCCUCGCCGCUCCCCGUAGCGCCCCUCCGAGAGGCCGGCUUUGUGCUUUCGCUCCGCCCCGACGCCGCCCCGCCCCUCGCGCACGCGCACGCGCACUGCCAGCCCCGCGCCGUCUCGUCGAGCUCGGCCCGGCUCCCGCCCAGGCGGCGGCCGACGAGACGCCCGAGCGCCCGGAGGUCUGUUCACCGACGCUCCGGCAGGUGCUGUGUCCACACUACCUCUGAGGUUGGUCCGGUCGCCUAGAAGGCAGACAGGUUUCGAUUCCCAGACAGCUCUUCCACUGUGAGCCUUCCACUCGGAGCUGUGGACUCCUCCAUCGGCGUCUCCCUGUCUCCCUGCCCGUGGACUUGAGAGCCAUGGCAACGGAGGAGAAGAAGCCAGAGACCGAGGCCGCCAGAGCACAGCCCACGCCUUCCUCCUCGGCCACGCAGAGCAAGCCUACACCUGUUAAACCAAACUAUGCUCUAAAAUUCACCUUGGCUGGCCACACGAAAGCUGUGUCCUCCGUGAAAUUCAGCCCGAACGGGGAGUGGCUGGCAAGUUCGUCUGCAGAUAAACUCAUUAAAAUUUGGGGAGCAUAUGACGGAAAAUUUGAGAAAACCAUAUCUGGUCACAAGCUGGGAAUAUCAGAUGUGGCCUGGUCGUCUGAUUCUAACCUCCUUGUUUCUGCCUCAGAUGAUAAAACCCUAAAGAUUUGGGAUGUGAGCUCGGGAAAGUGUCUGAAAACCCUGAAGGGCCACAGUAAUUACGUCUUCUGCUGUAACUUCAACCCCCAGUCCAACCUCAUCGUCUCAGGCUCGUUUGAUGAAAGUGUGAGGAUAUGGGACGUGAAGACGGGGAAGUGCCUCAAGACGCUACCUGCGCACUCGGAUCCAGUCUCAGCUGUUCAUUUUAAUCGUGAUGGAUCCUUGAUAGUUUCAAGUAGCUACGAUGGUCUCUGUCGCAUCUGGGACACGGCCUCAGGCCAGUGCUUGAAGACGCUCAUCGAUGACGACAACCCUCCCGUGUCCUUUGUGAAGUUCUCUCCGAAUGGCAAGUACAUCCUGGCCGCCACCUUGGACAACACGCUGAAGCUCUGGGACUACAGCAAGGGGAAGUGCCUGAAGACGUACACCGGCCACAAGAACGAGAAGUACUGCAUAUUCGCUAACUUCUCCGUCACUGGGGGGAAGUGGAUCGUGUCUGGCUCCGAAGACAACCUGGUGUACAUCUGGAACCUUCAGACAAAGGAGAUUGUACAGAAGCUGCAGGGCCACACAGAUGUCGUGAUCUCGACGGCGUGCCACCCGACAGAGAACAUCAUCGCCUCAGCCGCGCUGGAAAACGACAAGACGAUUAAGCUCUGGAAGAGCGACUGCUAGGCCGCGGGAGCCGUGGAGGACUGUCAGGAGGGCGGCGCAGAUUGGCAAGCGGGAGGCGUCUCGGAGGGCUCCCCUCGGUCCGGGCCCUGGGGGUCGGGGAGGGGCUGCAUUUGAGCCGCCUCUGAAGACGAUUUGGCUGAGGGGAGUGUCGACCACCAGAAAGUUCUAGAAGUUGCUGGUGACAUUUCUUGCCAAUUCCUCUCACACUGUCUGGAGGAGAGUUCCUAGUCUGUAUUGUGUUCAAACUGAGUCAACAAGAAUUUUUAAUUUUCUAUUACAAAGGGUGAAGUUCAAUUUA